AUGAUUCAUACUCUUUAUACGCCAACGCCAAUUACUUCCAAUGACCUUCUUUAUAUUCUAUAUUCUGUAACUCGGACGCAUAGGAUAAAUGGAUUUAUUUUCUUGAAAAGUCGUGUAGAAUUUUACGAGCAAAAGUGCAAAAAAGUAAAAUACCUUUCGUUAUGUUUGAAGGAGUUUUGUCUUUCAUUCACUGACAUUUUGGAAAAGAAUGAUGUCAAAAUUAGUGAUAAGUUAAAACAUAAAAGUAUUGAAGAAAUUGUUCAAAUGUGUGUCGAUAUUUUUGACAACGACGAGAAUGAAAGACGAAAACAACAGUUCCUUCAUCAUGUUGAAGUUUUGCAAAAGGAAUACAGUGCGCCGCAAGUUCUUGAAAUACUUAUUAAAGAGUAUGAAGACGGAAUCGCUAGCCGAAUUGCAUUUGAAACACAAAUUCGAGCAGUUACUGAAAACGAAAUCACCUUCAUAUUUAGUGGAUUAUGCCGAGCAAAAGAAUUUGUAAUCCGCGUAAUAAAGCGUGAUUCUGGUGAAUAUGUAUUCGUCAGCGAUGUCAACGAUUUGAUUGAACAGUUUUCAAAGGGCAAGAAGAAUUUUAAAAAAUUGAAAAGAUCGGAUCCUGGUACCAAUGGAAUUCUUAAUUUAAUCACGAAAAAGGAUUUUAAUGAAAUGUUCAAAAAAAUCAUAAAAGAUGAGAAAAUUUUUGCUUUUCUCGACGACAGAUUACAGUUAAUUGGACACGCGAUGAUGUCACCAUUUCAAAAAUUGUGCUUGUUAGCUGACGAAGCUUUGACUGAUGUUUUAAUGUUUUUAAAUGAUUGCGGAUCGUUAUUUAAAACAGAUGUUGAAGUGCAAAUUCUCGAAGAUUGGGCCAACGAGCUUUAUCAGUAUUUUCGAGUGGACCAAAAAACACCAUAUACUGUUGAUAUGGAACCGAUUUAUUGCAUGAAAAAAAGACUUCGCCACAAAUUGAAGGAGCUAGACAAGAUGGCUCUGUUACUUCAUAAUCAAAAAUAUUGCAAAUUCUACAAAUUUUGUGUUCUUCGAUUUAUUCAUAAAGAAGCGGAUCUAAAGGGGCUGAAGCCAUGUGAGAAUCAAAAAUCAAUACGCAAAGAAAAGACAAAACUCGAAAAAGAGAAAGAGGAGAAAGUGGAAAUUUGUUGGAAGAUUGAGCUUGCCAAAAAGGAAGCUGAAUGGAAGCGGAAAGAGGAACGCUAUAUCUCGAUGAUUGAUUCUCUCAAUUCGUCUGUUGCAACUAUUCGUGUAGAAGCAAACAAGAAAUCGACAGAUUUGAAAAAAUCGGAGAAAAAUCGAAUUAGCGCGGAAAAUAUGGCUAAGAAACUCCAAGAAGAACUCAAGGAACUUCGUCCGAAAUUGAAGCAGGCUGAAAACUCAAAUAAACGCCUUGAAACAAAACUUAAAGAAGCCGAUGCGACUAUUCAGAAGUUAAAAGAAAUGAGCAAGGAAGAAAAUGCUCUCGAAAUUAAACGAGCGAAUGAAACGAUUUGCGAUCUUCAGAACGAAAUUGAAUGUCUUAAAGAAAAACUCGUCGAACUGGAAUUAAUGAAUGCAAAUCUUGAUAGCGAUUUGAAAGAUGCAUCUGAAGAGGUUGAGGGCUUGUGGAAUAAAAUUCAGGAAUCUACUAAUAAGUCGGAUACGGUGAAAUCAAACUCGGUUAAGCAAACAAAAGUUGAUGAGAAGGAGCCGAAUAAAUCAGAUGAGCCGACAAAACGGCUGAAGACUAUGAUACAAGACAACAAGUGUACGAGAGCGUCAUUGAUGGAUAAAGAGUUGAGGCAACUGGAAAUUAUAAAUGAUAUUCUUGUCGCGUCUGAUUCGUUCAUAACAGACAUGCCGGUCACUUCUGAUCAAAUGAAAAUCGAGCUGGCCGAGUUUAUUGCAUAUAAGGACAAUGCUUUGGAGCAACUCGAACGGAAUGUCUCGCUACUUGUGAACAAUUAUAAUACUACAAUCAAUGAAAGAGUUAUCAGACAUAUAUUGCCAAAGCCGUUUUCUUUGAAUUUUAUGACUUAUAUUGAACACGAAAUGAAGAAAACGAUAUGCGAAACGAACCAAAGUGCAUUGGACGUGGAGAAUGUUGAUAACAGAGACUUGGAAAUUGACGACAAUACCUGCAUUAUUUGUUUUGAGGAAUUGAAAGCUGAAACGCAACAAUGUGAAACAUGCCAUCGUAGAUAUGAUUUUGAUUGUUUGGCAGAAUGGCAACGUAAGAAAGCGGUGUGUCCUGUUUGCGACGCUUUUCUUCCAGUUGAAGCAUUAUAUCCACCGAACUAA